UUAUUGUUCUUCCUUUCACUACGAAGAGCAGUUGUUGUCAAAAAUGAUACGGAUGGAAAUAGCGAUGGAACAACAACAACAACGAGUAAAUGACGCUCUGGAAAAAAUGUCACAAACUGUUGAAUUAUUUAAAUUGGAGGCAAUCAAAAAAGAAAAUCAAAUGCUUGACAGAAUAAGAGAUGCUCUUGAAAGUGCUAAUGCUACAAUGGUGAAUUUCUAUAAAAGGACAUCAUUACUUGAGGACAACCUAAAGAACGCGGUCGAUGACUUCGAUUAUGAUUCUAAACUGCUGAGUUCGACUCUGACUCAAAAUGUAUCUGAAGCAAUCGGAUAUUUACACACGUUAGAAGAGAAAGCUGGAACACCAACGAUUGCAUUUGAAGCAAAGGUCUUAAAGGAUCUGAGUGUGUCACCCAAAACAACUCUCGUAUUCACAGAGGCCGUGUUCAACCAUGGUAACGGAUAUGACGUCAAAACGGGCGUGUUCACCUGCCCACUCAACGGCACGUACUUGUUCACGUCACAUCUUUGUAGUAACUAUAACAGCUUCGUUUGUUAUAGCUUUGUUGUGGACAAAAUUAUGCAUACUAGUGGCCGGUUAUAUGUGAAGAACGACUACCAUUGUACGUCGAUUGAUGUUAUAGCGAUUUUGAAAGAUGCAAGCAAGGUGUGGGUCCAGUCUUAUGCAAGCAGCAACUUCUAUCAAGAAUCCACGAAUUGGUUAAACACAUUCUCUGGUGUUCUUCUUCAUCGCUAAAAGUAUUAAUGGCGGAACGACCUUAUAAUAAUGUUUUGAUAACACGUAGUACGUUGAUUAGUUUCUCAUUAUGUUUGUUUUUUUGUAAAUUUACAUGAAAUGAUGUACGUUUAAGACAAACUGUGUUUACCAAUUAGCCUGACCUCCGCGCUAGAAAAGCAGACCAUAAAUAUUACCAAACAAAUCAGGUCAGAGAGGAUUUUAGAAUUCCUGUAAUCAAUAUGUAAGUUUAUGAUUAAACUCAUUAAAAUAUAUGAAUAUAUUUUCUUGUGUUAUAUGCUCAGACUUAAAAUUUAGGUUUUCGAUGUAUUCAAAGUACUAUUUAGACUUAUUAUCAGUUAGGUUUCAAAGUUCACUAGCUUAAUUAAGAUGUUCUCCACAUAAUUUAGAAAAUGAAUACGGAAGAUAUUCAAACACUCCAUUGACACAAAUAUUUUGUAAACAAAGUUUAAGUGCUAUAUAAUCAUUGUUAUUAAAUGAUCUGUAUAUUCUGAUCUACGAGAACGAGAAAAAUAUUAACGGAUGAAUAUUUAGAAGGCCAAAGUAUACAGAAGUUCUAUAUUCUGCUUAAUACAAAAACAGAAAGCCUCUUUCAAUUAAUUUAGGUGCAUCUGACAUCGAGGAAAAGGUAUUGUGUAUAAGAUGUAUAAAAUAUAUAUGUGUUGAAAACUAUAAAACUGAAUUGUGAAGUUUAAAUCAAAGUAAUAUAAAUUUAAGUAAAUUAUCAAUCUUCUAUAAAAUGGAAUAAAAUGUUUAGUAUUUGUUCAUCAAAUUUAAGAAAUAACUCUAUAUAAU